AACGGGAGCCCGGGCGACCGGGCUUCUGUGAAACAUGGCGGUCGGCUGGGACCGUAGCACAAGCAUGACUAUAUGAAAGAAGAAGAAGGUUUUUCUGAAGAUGAGGCGACUGAAUCGGAAGAAAACCUUAAGUUUGGUGAAAGAGUUGGAUGCCUUUCCGAAAGUUCCUGACAGCUAUGUAGAGACUUCAGCCAGUGGGGGUACAGUUUCUCUAAUAGCAUUUACCACUAUGGCUUUAUUAACUAUAAUGGAAUUUUCAGUAUAUCAAGAUACAUGGAUGAAGUAUGAAUAUGAAGUAGACAAGGAUUUUUCUAGCAAAUUGAGAAUCAAUAUAGAUAUUACUGUUGCCAUGAAGUGUCAGUAUAUUGGAGCAGAUGUAUUGGAUUUAGCAGAAACAAUGGUUGCAUCUGCAGAUGGUCUAGUUUAUGAACCAGCAAUAUUUGAUCUUUCACCACAGCAAAAAGAGUGGCAGAGGAUGCUACAGCUGAUUCAGAGUAGACUGCAAGAAGAACAUUCACUUCAAGAUGUGAUCUUUAAAAGUGCUUUUAAAAGUGCAUCAACAGCACUUCCACCAAGGGAAGAUGAUUCAUCACAGCCUCCAGAUGCUUGCAGAAUUCGUGGUCAUCUAUAUGUCAAUAAAGUAGCAGGGAAUUUUCACAUAACUGUGGGCAAGGCAAUUCCACAUCCCCGAGGUCAUGCACACUUGGCAGCACUUGUCAACCACGACUCUUACAAUUUUUCUCAUAGAAUAGAUCAUUUGUCUUUUGGAGAGCUUGUUCCAGGAAUUAUUAAUCCUUUAGAUGGAACUGAAAAAAUUGCAUUCGAUCACAACCAGAUGUUCCAAUAUUUUAUUACAAUCGUGCCAACAAAACUACAUACAUACAAAAUUUCAGCAGACACCCAUCAGUUUUCUGUGACAGAAAGGGAACGUGUCAUUAACCAUGCUGCAGGCAGCCAUGGAGUCUCUGGGAUUUUUAUGAAAUAUGAUCUCAGCUCUCUUAUGGUGACAGUUACUGAGGAGCAUAUGCCAUUCUGGCAGUUUUUUGUAAGGCUUUGUGGUAUUGUUGGAGGAAUCUUUUCAACAACAGGCAUGUUACAUGGAAUUGGAAAAUUUAUAGUCGAAAUAAUUUACUGUCGUUUCAGACUUGGAGCCUACAAACCCGUCAGUUCUGUUCCCUUUGAAGAUGGCCACACAGACAACCACUUACCUCUUUUAGAAAAUAAUACACAUUAGCACCUCCCAAGUAAAGGAGAAAAACUUUUUGUCUGUAAAACGUUUUUAAUAAUAAAAUAUUGUGCAAUAUAUUCAAAGAAAAGAAAGUAUGAAUGAGAAGCAGGAAUCACCCUAGGGGAAAAAAAAAAAAAGAAAAAAACCCAAACUGAAAUCCUAUGUGUGUUGUGUCUGUUACAAAUGUCCUAGAAGAAAUUAUACAGCUAAUCUAAUCAGUGAAUAAGCCCAACUGGAAUAUUGCGUUGAAGAUGACCCCUUCUGAUAUUUUCAUAGCAACGGCAGUAUCGAAAUCAAACCUUGCUUCUUGAUGACAAAGAGCCUGAAGGAAGAAGUCAAACCACAUCUAAAGAAAAUGGCAUUGAUAAGUGCAAAUGUUUGCAUCUGUUUGUUUUUAAAAGAUAUGAUGUCAGAAUAAAAUAUGUAAAACAUGUGGAAAA